UGGACAGCCAUCAGCAUUUGGACAACCUUCAGCAUUUGGACAACCUUCAGCAUUUGGACAGCCAUCAGCAUUUGGACAACCUUCAGCAUUUGGACAAACGGCAAAUAAGCCCUCUGCUUUUGGGGGUGGCUCAGGUUUUGGUACAACAAGUGCAUUAGGUAGUGGCUCGGGUUUUGGUUCAACAAGUGCACUGGGUGGUGGAUCAGCUUUUGGCUCAACGAGUGCAUUGGGUGGAGGAUCAGCUUUUGGUUCGACAAGUGCAUUAGGUAGUGGAUCUGCAUUUGGAUCCACAAGUACAUUAGGCGGUGGAUCUGCGUUUGGACAGCCUUCGGCCUUUGGACAGCCCUCGGCCUUUGGACAAGCAGCAAAUACACCUUCUUCUGCUUUUGGUUCUACAAGUGCAAUGGGUACUGGCUCAGCAUUUGGAUCCACAAGCACACUUGGCAACAAUAGUAAUGCAUUUGGUGCAACAACAAAUGUGGGUGGAGCAUUUGGACAGACUUCUAGUUUGAGCAGUAACAGCGGAUUUGGUUCUCAUAGUAACACAACAGGAUUGGGUGCUGCUAAUAAUAAUAAUAAUAAUAAUACCACAACAGCGACAGUUUCUGCUGGAAAUGAUGUCACAAAGCCUUCUGAUUUGGAAUCAUUUUCUGCACCACAGUUUACUUAUCGUGCUAUACCAGAAAUAGAACCACCUGCCCAAUUUCGAUAAAAAAAUUACGUUGAAAUAAAAAGCAAUAGUACCAAAA